GAACAGUACUCGAGCUGCCACUGUUGACGUUUCACGAGUCCACAAGUCCACACAAAAACGCAUAUUGAGAAAGGGCAAAUGGAUCUUCUGGAGUGUAAAUCCAUUGAAGAAAGCAUCUUAUAGGGCAGGCUUCUUGAGAGCAACGGGGCAUGUGGGGAAACUUUAGUUGUUGGUACGGACAAUUGGUAUGAAACCGGAAGAUGGCAGCAAUGCAACAAAAGUUGUCCAAGGUUCGCUCAAACAGCACCGAAGAAGAAGAAGGAGGAAAGAAGGAAGUGCUGAAUUCAAACCUGAAGCGGUUAGACCAGAGAGUCAACUAACUGGUUUGCUGACAAGAUGGCAGCAGAAGAGGAGAUCCAGCGACUGAGGAGUCAGCUGAGGGAGAGAGAGGAGCAGGUUCAUCAGGCUGCCCAAGCUGGUUUGGAUCUCCUCAACCAGCAGAUGGAAAUGCAAAACAGACUGGACGAACAGAGAGUGGAAAUGACCAACGCAAUGGAGGCCCUCGAGCAAGAAAAGUACUCACUUCGAAAGCAAGUUGAGUUAAAGACUCGGAUGCUUGACUCACUGCAGUCCGACCACGACUCUGUGAAGAACCAGCAAAGACAGCAGCUUGAGGAACAAAAACUGCAUCUGGAUAGGAGCCACAGAACAGAACUCAGUGAGCUCAACAAGAAGAUGCUGACUUUGCAGUCCACUCUGGAGGAAUCCCAGCUGAAUGAGCAACAGCUGAAACACAAACUUGAGGUGCUGACUGAGACUCUUAAUAACAAGAUGGAGGAGCUGCAAACUGUAAAUGAACACACACAGAGCUCUAUGACAUCUGAGAUGAUGGAGGAGCAGAUAAAGAUCACAGAGCUGGAGAACAUUAAGGUGGAGUUGGAGCAGAAACUGCAGGAAUCUCAGUACAAAGAGCAGCAGUUGGAGCUGACCAUUGGCAGCCUACAGCGCCACCUGGAGCAAAUCACUGAGGACCGCGAGGUGGAAGCUGUUUCCUGGUUCAAUGCAUUAGAGAAAUCUCGUGAGGCCAACCAAGACCUCCAGAUCCAGUUGGACCAGGCUCUCCAGCAGGCCCAAGAUCCCAACAGUAAAGGGAACUCUCUGUUUGCAGAGUUGGAAGAUAAGCGUGCUCAGAUGGAGAGACAGCUCAUCACUAUGAAGGUCCAGUACCUGUCACUACAGAAACUACACGCCUUCGGUAAACAGCAACUGCAACGCACCAAGGUCCAGAUAGCCACACUGAUGCAGCUCCAGAGUUCAAGGGCGGAUCCUGCCCAGCUGGAGAGACUCCAGUCCAUGCUCUCUGAGAAAAAUGGAGAAAUCCAAAAUCUCAUGACUAAGCUGCAGAGACUUGAGAAGGGGGAGCCAGCUGCUGCUCCAGCAGAGAGUGGAGACAUCCAAGAUGAAACCUACUACACUGACCUGCUGAAAAUGAAGCUCAACAACACCGUUAAGGAUGCAGAGCGAAUGGGUGACGAGCUUUUCCUGCAGAGGAUGAAAUCUUUGUCAGAGAGCCAGAAAGCUUUGGAGCUGGAGAGGAAACUCUUCUCAUCUGAACGUCUCCUCAGACAGACACAGAGUGACAAGAUCAAACUGCAGUUACAAGUAGAAGAGCUGCAACACAAGUAUGAACUCAAAGAUACAAAAAAGAAUAUGUUGCUAAAGAGAAAGAAAGAGAAGUUUCCUUUUGAUGUCAUCCCCUCUUCUGAGAAAAUAAAGCUUGACAAGGGAGAGCAUGUCCUUGCAGUGAAGAUGGAUGUCACAAAGACUGCAGGAGCAGAUCCUGCUUGUGCAGCUGAGGCAGUGAGCCCCACACAAGGUUCAGAUUCUGUGCCACGGCCUGCAAAGUGCGUGAAGAUCAGUGGAGACGUUCCUGUUGAGAUUCCCAACUCCAGCGCUCCUGAAACUGACAGUAAAGACGAGGAGAAGGAGGAGAUCAGGUGGCAGACUAAGAGAGACGAUACAAGAAAGAAACCAAUGGUGGAGGUGAUCCAUGUCAGCGCUCAAACCAGUAUGGAGAACGAGUGUGCUCAGCAGUAGUGUAUGUACGCCAUACUGUCAGUGUUCAGUUUUACAAAACACGUGAAUAUUAAUCUACUUCAAUUUCCUGUUAUAUUUUCAAUAAAAGAGUUUUCUUAAAAGUU